CUUGAAAAAUUACCUCCCCUUCAAUCUUGGUUGAGAACUACUGAAAUUUCGACAAAUUCAGGACAACAAUCCCGACAAAAUGAUUCCUCGUCCGAGAGUGACGAAACUUUAAACGAUCAAAUGGAAAUCGAAGACGAAUGGACCACUGUAAAGACACGUCGAAAAAGAUAAUUUUGCGAAAUAUGAAGAUCUCGAAGAAGUUUAUUUUCUUCCUGUGCGUUCAUCUAACCAGUGCUCAGCUAAAUUUCGAAGGCAAUCCUCUGACUGAGAACACGGAUUAUUUGGCUGAAGAGUCUCAAAUUUCGGCGCGAUCAGCUCGGGGGAAUAAUUUCGAAAAAAGUAUCAACAAUGAAGUGAAUCAAUUAACACUGAAGGAACAAUCGGUGACUCCGCAAAAGCUCUAUCCAGUUUACACCGAGGCUCAAAAUAUUUCUCAGCAAAAACCAAUGGAAACUUCAGUCCAAAACAGAGAGGAAUCGAUUCAAGUUCUUAAACUCGUUCCAAUGAGUCAAAAAUCCCGCCAACUUCGUGAUAAUUUUCUGAAUGUUAAUUCCGUCCAGCAGGAGCAAACUCCGGGACAAAAUCCUGCAGACUUGGCACUUGAGAUAUUUAUGAACUCAAAAACACCGCAGGAAUCGGAAAUCGCCUUGAAUUAUUAUCUCCAAGGUGGUCAGGGAUUGUCGGAGCAAUUGGAAAACGAAAAACGAGAGAAGGAGCGACAACAGGAGCAGGAAUAUUUAAGACAGCAGCAAAUUCAACAGGAGCAAAUUAUUCAGAGGCAGAAGCAGCAACAAUUACAACAGGAGCAGUUGCUAAUUCAGGAGCAACUACAAAGGACUCAAGUUCAGCAAAACGUUCAGGAUCAAAUGUUCGGUCUCAACGUCCAACCGCAGCAGUUAAAUCAAAUUCAACCCAACUAUCAGAAUCAGUACCAAAUUGGCUACCAUCGAAUUCCGCUAAUUCAGUCGCGAAACGACUAUCCGAUUUAUCGUCGCCCAAUGAAGAGAAUGAAUUAUCGCCCGGCUUUUCAGUCCAGAGUCGGUCCGGGAAUGUACAAGGGACCGCCUCCUCCUCUGCCUCCUAUGCAAGCACCCGUCUAUCCGGGGAAAAUGAUAAAGCCACCAGUGGAAGUGUUGUACUCGAGGCCACCUACUUAUGCUCGAGGCGCACCGAUGAUUAACAGUCCAGCAGUUUAUUACGAGGAUGCCAGUCCAUGGUUCCCUGAAGUCGAACACAAACCACCACCGUCCAAAGAUAUUUAUUAUUCCCAAUUGUACGCGCAAUCGUACGAUCCACAUUAUUACAAUUACAUCGCAAAGACUGGCAAAAUCAAACCCCAUUUAUACGGAAAAUUGAAUGGCGAAGCGAAGCAGGAUGAUGGUAUUUUAGCAGAACUUUUUCGUGGUUUCACAAAACAUGGAAUGAAGAAUAUCAUGAAUCCAACAUUUUUACUCGGCAUGACAAUACCGGCCUUGACCUUCAUGCUCACUGCUCUUGUUCAGAAGAGGUCUCUCGCACGCUCCGAUUCUAGGUCACUAAACGAGGAUGAAAUUCGUGAAUAUCUUGAGAGACUCGAAAGAGCUUUAGAGUGCUAUCGGAACUUGAAAGUGCCGACUGAUGAUCGAUGCUGGCGGUGAAAGUGCGGUGAAUGAAUGCCUUAAAUAGUGUCACGAAGAAAAUAAUUAUUUAUGUGAUUCUCUCUUGUCUUGAGUGAUGAAAUUCCUUUUCUUUUCUUUUUUUGACUUGUGCUUUUUUAACUCUAAACUAAACGAAAAAUUCAAUUUGUUUUGACAAAUUUUCGUUUUUUUCUUUACAGAAUACUCGCGCAAGAUCAGGGAAAAUUUAAGGAAUUAAAACCUGUUGUCCAAUUAUAGAAACAAAAAAAAAACUGUAAAUUAUCCAAAUUUUAAAGACAAUUUUUGAAACAAUUGGAAAAAUUGAAUGUCAGGUAAAAUUCGAAAUUGUAAUUGUUACUGUAAUUUUAACAAGUCGAUAGGGUGCGAUUGUUUAAAUUAAUUAAUUAAUUUAAUUAACUAAUUUUUUUUAAUAAAAAUAAUUUCUUACAUUAUA